AUGAUCCCUCUUGCGGACAGCGUUCUGGACGGCGAGAUCAGUGAACCAACGCCGGAAGACUUCGCCAACCUCAUCCGCGCAUGCGCUCUUUCGGGAGCUGCACUUGACCCCACUACUCAGCUAGAGGUCGUUAUGAAUGCCGUCUCAGAUAUCCAAGCUUCUAUGCGUUGGCUCAAACCCAUAUCUCGGACUCUCGAGCGCAGGUCCCAAAUGCUUAUUGCCCGAAAGCAUUCGCAUGAGAACAACGCCUUGCCUGUGUCACGCCUACCCGAGGAGAUCCUCCGCAUCAUCUUCGAGUACGAUGCAGAAACCGAGGAUACCUGGAGCUCCUUCGAAGAUUCGGGCUGGAGGCGGCGUCUAGGUUCAGUGUGUCGACGCUGGCGCACGGUCGUCUUUCAACACUCUACACUGUGGGCUAAAGACCUCUUCGCACUGGACAACGACAAGGCCAUAGAUAUAUUGCCCCUAACGAAGAACUCGCUACUCAAUAUGGACCUUCUGUAUCCACGCAAGGUCAAUUGGAAGGACCCGGAUCAUGCCUUGACUCGAUCUAUCCCUCGUGCUUGGAGACUUUCGCUCCCUAUCGGAUAUAUAGACGAUCUUGAGGACCUCAUGGAGUAUAUAUUGUCUGCGACACCCCUCCCUCAUCUUCGAACGCUUCGACUUUGCUGUGAUGCCAACGACGAGGUUACGCCAACAAGGCAUAGAACUAUCGCGGAUCAUCCCAAUCUGAGCUUUUUGCAUCUCCGCAAUCUCUACAUGCGGCCACCCUUGCAGAGCGCGCUCACGACCCUCGAAAUCGAGUUCGAGUGGGAUGAAGACGAGCCUUGGGCAACGGAGCGACCUUCCCUGGGCGCAAUUCUCGAAGCCCUAUCGCAGAGCAAAGCCACGUUACAACAUCUACGGUUACAUAACUCGUUCAUCCGCACGAAUGGCGUCCCAGGAAUAGCCCAGCGCAUCUCCCUCCCUCGCUUGUUAUCGCUCGAUCUGGUACAUGAAGCCGAUUUAUCUGCAAAGCUGAUGGACUUCCUCUGGGUCCCAUCUCUCGAAACGGCAUCAAUCUUAUGGUGUAGAGGUGUCCACGUUGAGAACGGUGUGCGCACAUACACGAGUAUGUUGCAUGCUUGGAGGAUGCCUCUUCCAGACACUACAGACGGGUCCCUGCGCAUGACGUUAAGCGAUUAUGCGCUGAGGGAUAUACGCGCUAGACCCCAGCUUUUCGAAUUUGCGUUGGAGGAAAUGAAUAGGAGCUCGACAGGCGCACCUAGGCUAUGCCGUUCAGAGAUGACGAACGUUAGGUGGAAUAUGGGCCAAUACGUCUUCACACGCGAAGUACUAUGA